AUGGAUUUCAGCAACACCCCAGGUUAUCAUGGCGCUAGAGAGAUCGGGCUCAAUGGUUGGCUCAUUGGGUUCUCAACGUUGUUCUACGGCCUUCGCCUCUUUGUUCGAAUAUCUAUGACAAAAUCUCCCGGACUCGACGAUGGAAUUGCCGGUAUGGCCUAUGUGCUCCUAUUGUUUCAAUCUAUGACAGACAUCCACUCGGUAUCUUUCGGCAGUGGAACGCACCUAUCCUAUAUACCACAGGAUAUACUAGGUGAAUUUUUUAAGGCAUUGGCUAUCCAGACACUCGUUUAUUUUUGGGCUGUGGCCCUGGUAAGAUUUGCAAUUCUCGCAUUUCUGCCCCGACUUGCCCAAGACAGGAGCAUUACAAUAAUCUCGUGGACCGUCACGGUCAUAAUUUUGGCCCAGACCGUCCUUGCUUUCCUAUAUAGGCUUACGGAAUGCGAUACACUAGAGGAGACCUUCAAACCUCAAGGCCCCCAGGAUAGCCAUUGCGUAGGAGCAGUGAAUCAUAAUAAAAUGAUGGUCGCGCACGGCAUCGUUGGCAUAAUCGUCGAUACAAUUCUCCUAUUCUUACCUAUCUGGGUAAUAUACACCAAGAUGAUGUGGUCGAAGAAGACUCUCCAGAUUAUACUUGUACUUAGCGUCGGGGUUUUUGCGGUCGCCACAGGAAUAAUACGGGUGGUCUUGAUAAAGACUAAGGACUUUGUUACAGAUGUAACGUACGAGAUGCCAUUUCUUGGCAUAUGGACGAAUCUCGAGGGUCACGUCGGUUUAUGGUGCGGCUGUUUCCCUGCGCUGCAACCCCUUCUACGUAUGGUACCGGACCAGUUUCGCGGCACAACAAACGGUAGCGUUCAGCAAAAUGAGAAGAUAGGGCAUAAUGCGACUAAAACAAUACGCGAAGGAAGCGUAGAGUAUCGAAACGAAGUAGACGGUGAAAGCCAACGGGGAAUAGUUUCGGUAGAAAUGGGGAUUGGAGACAGAGACAUGCGACAUAUAGAUAGAUCUCCUGUGUGA